CAUUCAGCCAGCCCACAGUCUCAAACUUUGAAUCGACUACAAUAAUUAAAUAAAUACAAUGUUAUUUCAUUAAUGUUAAUGUUAAUUAAAAUAAAAACAGUAUAUUAUAAGCUUUACUUGUUUAUAAUUUCGGUAGUGUUAAAAUCAUAAUGCGUAAAUAAACAGAAGUGACGACUUGGACAAUACCAUAAAAGAAUAAAAAUGUGUUGUUUCCUUUGAUAGCAGUGGUCUCGUUAAAAUAAAAUCAUGUUUAGGAGUCGGAGCUGGUUUGGUGGUGGAUGGGGACGGCCCAAGAAUCCCCAUUCGUUGGAGAGAUUAAAAUAUUUACAUAACAUUCUGUGUAAAAACACGACAGUUUCCGAGAGUAAUCGAGGUACAUUAGUGGAAUCCCUGAGGUGUAUAGCUGAGAUAUUAAUAUGGGGAGAUCAGAACGACAGUUCAGUAUUUGACUUCUUCUUGGAGAAGAAUAUGCUAUCAUACUUCUUGAGGAUAAUGAGACAGAAGUGUGGUGGCUCAUCUUUUGUAUGUGUGCAACUGUUGCAGACAUUAAACAUACUGUUUGAAAAUAUCAGGAAUGAAACAUCACUUUAUUAUCUACUGAGUAACAAUCAUGUUAAUUCAAUAAUUGUGCACAAGUUUGAUUUCUCUGAUGAAGAAGUUAUGGCUUACUAUAUAUCGUUUUUGAAAACUUUAAGCCUUAAACUGAACAAUCAUACAAUACAUUUCUUCUACAAUGAGCACACAAAAGACUUUCCUCUCUACACUGAGGCAAUAAAAUUCUUCAACCACACAGAAUCAAUGGUUCGCAUUGCAGUCAGGACGCUGACUCUCAAUGUGUACAGAGUGCAGGAUGCAAGCAUGUUGCGGUUUAUUAGGGACAGAACUGCGGCGCCGUACUUCAGUAAUUUGGUCUGGUUUAUCGGUAAACACAUAUUGGAAUUGGACGCGUGUGUCAGAAAUGAUGCUGACCAUCAGUCUCAACAAAAAUUGGAUGACUUAGUUGCCGAACACUUGGACCAUUUACACUAUAUAAAUGACAUCCUUUGUCUCAACAUUCCUGACUUAAAUGAUGUUCUAACAGAGCAUCUACUUCACAAACUUCUUGUACCUCUCUAUAUAUACUCCUUAACAUCUGAUUCUGUAAGAAAAAUUGCAAGUACCACACAGUAUAAUAGAGAUCAUAUACAGAGUAUAGAAGUUAUAACUAGAAAUCUGGAAGCGAUACUGAAAGGGAAAAAUACAGAAGUCUCCCCAGGGAGAAUAAAUUUUCCAAGAAGAAUGGAGUCGGAAGAGGAGAAUAAACCUUCGGUCUCUUGUGUAGUCUCUCUAUUUCUUUUAUCUCAAGUGUUUCUAAUAAUAACGCAUGGUCCAAUAGUCCACGCAUUGGCCUGGAUCAUUUUACAGUCAGAUUUAUCAGUAUUUGAAGAUGGUGCUACUAAAAUACUAGAAAUGUACAUUAGUAAUGCAAAAUCGAAUGUUAAGUUAGAGUUUUCGAAACCGCAGUUGAGUCUCGAAAAAGCUUUAGAGAGUACAUCUGGUCAUGACAGAGAUUAUACCACGCCAGACUACAGCGGUCCUAAAGCAUUUGGUUACGAUACAGACCAUUCCAGUUGUGAUCUCGAUCCAGAAUUAGUGUCUACGUCCUUGCCGUCCACUUCACAAAUGAGUGAAUCCUCUAGUAUUGCACACGAUUCCACUGAAGAUUUAGUUACACAAAUACACACCCUGAAAUCUAAUGUGUUAGUGUCGCCAAAAGAAAACAUGCCAGAUUCACCGUUACCUGAAUCCGAAAUUGAUUCAAAUGCAAAAAAACCAUCUUCGGAUCUGAAUAAUAUAACGGAUGAAGAGAAACAGAAGUUACUUGGUGCUACGCCUACCACGUCUAGAGAAAGGACUUUGGCAUUAGAUAGUAUAUUGGAGAGAGAAAAUAAAGAGAUAGAAAAGCGGCCGUUUUUGAAGACUAUACUAGAUUCAUUAGACUGUAGUGAGAACGAUUAUAAAGCGCUAUUUGCUCUGUGCUUAUUGUUUGCAUUGAUUAAUAAUAAAGGUGUGAAUACAGAGUUGUUAGAUACACUUCUGUGUCCGGAACCUGAGAUUGUUGGUGCUAUACCCAGUAGUUCAAGCUUAGAGACUGAGACGACAUCUAAUGAGAGCAGAGAACAAACACCAACACUUGGUGUGAGAUGUUCGAUGCAAAGUUUCAAUACUUUGCUAAUUUCUAAAUUAAUGACGAUUGCUUAUUCGAGCUGUAAGCCUGCGUCCAAAGUCCGGCUAGUAACGUUGGAGUUGAGCGUUACGCUAAUGCGUAUAGCGAUGCAAGGCGCUUCCGGAGUGGCCGGGGCUCGCCACUUAUCCGCAGCAGACACACUGCGAGCCCGCGCCGCAUCGCUCGCGAGGAACUUCUACAAGUGUGAUGACAUAUUCCUCGAUAUGUUUGAAGAUGAGUAUUGUGAAAUGAGCAAGCGUCCACUGAACGUAGAAUGGCUGUGUAUGGACGCAGCAAUAUUAUUACCACCUACCCGAACGCCCAUGUCGGGUAUAGCUUUUGCUAAACGGCUGCCUAGUGGGGAAAUGGAAAGGGCUAGAAGAGCAAUUAGAACUUUCUUUCUAAUACGAGACCUAUAUUUGAAGUUGACUGGAAAAUCUGAGACGCAACUUCCUCUGACUAACCCGGCGCCAUUUGUUCAAGUUGGAGAUGUUUUAGAUCUUAAUGAUUCAGAUCUUAUAUCAUGUGACAUAAUACAGAAGGACGGCACUUGGCAACACAGGUUCUUAGCUGUGGACAAUAUACAGAUAAUAUUGGUAGAACCAGACAAACAAAGGUUGGGUUGGGGCGUAGCGAAGUUAGUUGGCAGCCUGCAGGACCUAGAAAUACAAGGCGAUAAAGAAGAUCCUCGCUGCCUCCAUCUAACAAUUCACAAGCCUCGUGUGGGCGCCAGUGGUGCCCUGCCACGGACAGUAUUACUUCGCGCCAAGUUCAAAUUCGACGAUCACAUUCGUAGUAUGGCGGCGAAACAGAGAUUGACAAAACUAAAAUUCAAGGGUCGCACGAAGUCUCGCCAGAAGAAGAUGCAGCAGAUCGGACGGCUGCUGGAGGUGUCGGGCGUGUCCGCGCCGGCGAUGGCCCCGCGGCAUCGCCCGCUGUUCUCUCGCCCCGGACUCACCGCCGUCCGACGGUCCACGGGUGGAGAAGGUGAUGAUACAGAGCGAAGGCUGCGUAGACCGAGCGCACACAUGCUAAAAGAUGGCAUUGUGGUUUAUAGAGAACGCACCACAAGUCGAGAAAGAGUUCUACCUUGGUCCAUUCCAACAAUUGAUUUAAGUAAUAAGGUGUUCGCAGUUAUGGAUUCUCUGAAAAGCAGUGUAUCCCGCAAUAGUAGCGCCCACGCGUCAAGGGAAAGUUCUCCUAGGUCGCGCUCUGAAGAUAUACCCCUCGAAGACAUCAGGAGGAGUAGUAAUGUGGUGACGAAGAAUGAACCCAUCGCUCCUGUUAUACAAGCGAGCCAGCCGAGUACAUCAUCACAGAUCCCAAAGCCAGUAAAUUCCUCUGAAGAGACUUCUUUUAUAUCAGCGGAUGCACCGCGAUCGAAGCGCAAGGGGCUUGUCGAGACCAUUUGAUAUUAGCUACAAUAUAAAUGACUAUAGAAAUAAACAUCUUAAAUCCUGUUACAGUGAGUUGAAUUUACAGUAUCAAUUAACAUU